AUGAUUGCCAUYAAACAGGUAGUUAUUGUUGUACUACUAUUAUUAUUGUGGACAUACCUGUCCACUACAGUAACAUCGAUAGUAAUCAGCGCCGGUAACGGUCAGCGGCCGACAUCAAGUAAUGGACAGUCAGAUAAUAGACUGUUUGAACCGUUUGGCGACUUUCUUCAGGGAGAUAUGUUAAGUACGGAUCGGGUGUUUGAGGAUAUGGCGGCCGAUACUAACUUUACCCAAUUGACGGCUAUGUUUCAACUAUCGGCGGGACGUAUUCAAGGAAAACAUGGUUCGAGUAUUUCGACACAAUUUGAUGCCCUGAAUGGCCAGUCGUCGUAYACSGAAUCGAUUAACCAAUUYGCCGAUAUGACUGGCGACGAAAUUCUGGCCAAAUUUACCGGUUUUAACGGUGCCGAUGAUGAGUGGCCAAAACCGGCCGGUAUUGAUGACGUCAAUCUGUUGGAUGAACUGUUGGCCGGCGACCUGUCGUUGACAGAGUCGUCGGCGCCGGCGGUUGAGGYKGAGGCUGAGGCGGACAACCAAUCAAUCGAUGGCGCAGUGGUAGCCAAUGUUAAGAGUUGGAUAUACGAUUGGCGUUCGGCCAAAGUGGUCGGACCGGUUCAAAAUCAGGGUGGGUGCGGCUCAUGUACACUGUUUGCCGCCGCCGCACUAGUCGAAACUUAUUUGGCCCGUAAAACCCGUAGAGGUGUACAACCCCUGAGUCCGCAACAAUUGCUGGACUGUUCGGUCAACUAUGAUAUCUGUCCGCGCGGUGCGGCCUUCAAACCGAUCUACGACUAUAUCCAGCGUAAAGGUAUAACUGCAUGGAAUAACUAUCCCUAUCAGACAAAGAGAGGUGGGUGCGAUCGGGGACGCGAAUCGCGUACAGCGGCCAAAAUUCAGGGCUGGAAAUGGGUUACCGAUCGGGACAGUGAGCAGCGGUUGCAUAAGGCUGUCCAGGAUGGCGGACCGGCAGCAGUGGCCAUACACGUCAACGAAGCAUGGUCCCGAUACAAACGCGGUAUAUUCGAGGACAGGUGUUCGGGUGCUAUCAAUCACGCUGUACUGGUGGUCGGCUACGGCUACGAUCGGGGGUCGAAUAAAAACUAUUGGAUAGUGAAAAAUUCGUGGGGACCCGGCUAUGGUGARGGCGGUUAUAUACUGAUGCGCCGCGAUCAUGGUAAUAUGUGCAAAAUUGCCAGCCAUGGCGUCCAAGUUUAUUAGAUUUGUGUCGGKA